CAGUGGGCGUGGCCGGGUAUGUCGUUUCUCUGUUGCGUGGAGACUGGAGGCAGCUUAGUUUCCUGCUCCACGACUGACGGAGGAUGGAAUUUAGUCCUACGACACAGACUGUGCGAGAGAGAAGGCGCCUGGUCGUUUCAGACAACAACUUGCCCGUCUGCCGGACGAACUGUUGCACUGCACACAACGCUGGACAAUUCACGUGGUAUCACUGUACCGUUCCUGGUGUCCCGACGAGCCUCCAGCGACGUUCUCGAGGUCCAUUCACUCUGUCCCUCCCCUAGCGACACCCUCGUAUCCCACGGGACGCUGAACACAGAUUCUGGCGGACUGGAGAAGAAUCUAACAGUCCUUGACGGACCAACCUUAGUGUGGGGGCAGCAGGAGAAGGUUUGUGUGGCUCUACCAGAUGUGGACACAGGUGUAAGAGGCUUUACCAAGAGAGACAUAGUCCUCGGUGGUUUCAUUGGCAGAUCAGGUCUUACUGUUGAGAGGCUCUGGGCAUUUCACUGCCACCAUGACUUGCUCCUACUACUUGUUCGGUGUUCUAGCUCCAGCGAUUGUGAAGCAGAGCCUGUGACCCAAUGGUGCUGUCUAUCAGUGGAUGUAGCAGGGAGAGGAGGGAAGAGAGGCGAACUCGAUGUGCGAUUGGUUCCUUCUCACCGCUGUGUACCUGCAGACUACGGCUGUGUCGCAGUGUGUGUGGCUGUGUGUCAGUUCUGGGGGGUGGGGGGAGAGGGAGGGAUGUGGAGCGAGACUCGUGUCCUGAUUGGAACAUCCUACCGACAGCUGGUCGUGCUCAGAGGGGGAAUUCCCGUUCACUGUGUUGCCAUGGAAGCAACACCGAUGCAUCUCCAAGUUCUACUGGUGUCUGGUGACGAAGUAGUGGUUGCAGUGAAAUCUGUUGACCGGAGAGUGAAGGCAUACAGUGUGUCAUCGUGUGGAGAGAGGGAAGUGAGGGAGGAGGGGAGGUGGGAGGGAGUGAGUCAGACAGCUGUGGGGGACUUUGCCAGUCUCAACAGACAACAGCUCCUUUUACUACUGGCUCCAGAUGGUACUAUACAUAUGAAAUCUCACACAGGCAAAAAGCAGAAUCGAACUGAAAUCUAAGUCCAAACUCACUGCCACUCCUACUUACCAAAUCUGAAUGCAUAGGACAAAAUCAACCACUCGCUGAUUUACACUUUUGGUGUGGUAAAUAAAGUUUGGAUCCCGCAGGCAUUUUACGUACUAAAUUUGUAAGGCAUAUUGUGUGUCUUUAUGUAGAGGGAGAGGAUCUGACCAGGCAGUUUAUUGUGACUGACUUCCGUGGUUUCACUGCUACUAGUUGCCAGGGCGGAGUCAAAGGAGGUGUGGCCAGAGACAAGGUGGCGCAGUCACUGAUCAGUGCAGUCGAGGCCUUGCAGAAAAGACAGCAGGUGGGAGAGGCUCACCUGAUGGAGAUGGAGAGACGCCUGCAGGAGAAGACUGGGCUGUUGAGAGAAGGUUUGCAGCUGGUGGCCUCACUACCUACCAUCAACACCUCCUCUCCUCCUCCUCCUCGGGAUCCGUCGCUGGUGUGCCUCCUCACUGGCAAGAUGGAGACGAGGGUCGACGAUAAAGUGGGUGUGGCUAGUGUAGACUCCGCCCACUGUGUACCAGUUGUCACAGAAUGCUGGCAGCGUUUGCUGGACGGGUUCUGGGUGGUGGGUGUGGUCUUGAAAAACAAUACCAACUGUGUUUGGCGGCAGGUAAGUGUUGGACUGAGGUUGGAUGGUCUACCAGUAGUGGAGAGAGGAGAGAGCAAACUAGUCUGGAUCAGCUCUCAGGGAGGCGGGCAGCUCUGAACAUCAAACUAGCUCCGGUAGAGUGGGAGUCAAGAUAGAGGAAGAUGAACAUCAAACUAUCUGUGAAGGAGAGAGAGGAGGUAGCAGUGGGCCUCCAGCCAGCAAGCGAGCGAGGAGAGGGGUGGAGAUAGUGGAGGGUGUUCUGAGAGAGGCCGGAGUAGAGAAGGUGGCUGGGCUACUGAGACAGAGAUCAGUACCACAUGGAUCCUGUGCCUGUCUCGUUUCCCGGGUGCCCCUGCCGUCAGUGCCGGAAUGGAACCAGACACCAGGUUGUCUGACAGCCGGACUAGUGGUGAAGUGAGGAAGUGGGGAAGUGGGAGGAGGAGUGAGGUGUGAGGGUUGUGGAGGUGGGGAGGGUGGAGCUGUCACAGACCCGCCUGGCAGACAGAGGUCUGUGGUGUGAGUGGGAGGAGAGUCUGGGGCUGUGGGACGGAGGAGAAAUGGUGGGUGGAGCAAUCAGGGAGUUCAGUCAGAGACAUCUGCAGGACUUGGCCUGUCUCCUCGCCACUCAGAACAUCACUCAGUUGAAGCUGCAUUCUCACUACUCUGAUCUGACUUGCCUAGCAGACACUCUGAGGGCGAGGAUGCCCCUCUCGGCUCGGUGUAUUCUACCACGUCCCCAUUCCAUACCACCUCAGAAUGGGAAUGGGAGUAUGGAACGGGGCACAGGGACUCCGUCAGAGCUGGAGAGGGUUUUUCUUCACGUGUCUGGCGAGAAACACACUGCCACUGUGUCUGUUCUUCACAAGAGCCCACCAUGUCUGUCAGUGGUGAUGUCUGCUAUUCAAAGCUGUCUCCCAGAUGAUGUCACCCUCUCACGCCCUCACUCCUCCCCCUCGUCACACGUCACCAGUGAACAGAGGCAGGCAAUGAGACAGUGUGUGGCAGCUGUGAGACGAGAACUGGAUGUGAAGAGGGAGAUGGUGAUGAGGGAAAUAGGAGAGAGUGGGGAGGGGGAAGAGGAGGAGAGAGAGGCACUGGUAGCUACUGCGGAAGAGACAGACUUUGCAAUGUUCAGAGCAAUGGAGACACUUGAUUUGUAGCAGUCUUUUCAUAGCAAUUUCCAAACUGUCUCAGUGAUAAUCGUUGCAGAAUGAGUGCGCAAUAUGGGCUGAACCUCAGCGGAAAUCUGUACGCAGCAUGGACCAAUCAUCGCCACAGUUUGAUGACCACGUGUGUGUGUGAUGCAAUGGGGUAGAAAAUGAUCAUAUCAAAAGUUAAAUAAUAUCGUCGUGAGUUGUGUGACCAGUGAUGGGUGUUGUUCCUAUAGCGACCAGUGAUAGGUGUGAGUGUCUCUUUCUCUUAGUAGCAACCUUCUAACCAAUCGUCUUCCGAACUAGCAACCAGCUUCCUCCUAGGCUGUGUCUUGCUCUGCUGCCUGUUGGGAGAAGCAGCAGUGCGUCUGGGAGGCAUGAUCUGGGAACCAGGGGCUGAUCGCGGAGUACCUGACGGAGUAAGACCUCUCUGGGGUGACUGCUGCAUUCGGGGUCGGGGUACUCCAGCUCUGGGGGGCGUGGCACUCAGACCCCCCUGCUGCUGUCUCGGCUGAUGUCCCACUCCGGAGGAGGAUGGAGUCAACCCCAUUUGUGUACUAGUUACUCCAGACCCCGCUGACGAGGGGGUGGAGUAAGAGGGAGACAAGCCACGCCCCCUCAAUCCCCCAGACGAGGGCGGGGUGGGGAGUUUACGAGGCCCCGGGGCAGAUGGGGUCUUAACGAGGUUCUGUUGGGCUCCGGAGGGGGGCUGGAGAGAGGAACGAGGGGGAGAGGGGGAAGGGCGUGGUCUCCCUGUCCUCGCCAUGGAGUCUGGAGGAGUGGACGAGGGUGGGGGAGGGAGAGUUUGACUCCGUACUGACGGGGUGCCGAAGCCCGGGAGAGGGUGAGCGAGAUCGCAGAGUCUGCGUGGCCUGUCUCUGACUUGCCCUCUCUGCGGAAGCAUUUCUCUGGCGAAAUUGGGGGGAGGGGCUUCCUGCCGGUGGUUUCAGUCCCCCUUCUCCCAGGGAACGCCGGGCGGAGGCUCGUGGGAGAGUGUUCGACAGGUGAACUCUGACCUCUUCCUCCUCCUCCCCCUCUGGUGGAGAUCUGGCGGAGGUGCUGAUUGCCUUGAUGGGGAUGUUCCUCUGUUGACGAGUGUUCAGUCCUCCAGUCGGGGCUUCCUCUGAGA